CAUCCGCAACAACCACAUUUUAUUUACGUUUAUUGCCUCGUCUCGUAAGACAUAGUGUAUGUCAUAUUUUAAAUUUUCUGGUCAUUUUCAAAUUCGAGUAUGAUAAUAUUUAAUGUUACUAAUCUUAUUACAAUUAUUUAAAAAUUCAUUUGCUCAUUUAUUAAACUUUCUAAUUAGCUUAAUAUGUAUAUUACCAUAAUUAUAAAUAAUAAACUAGUAAAUCACGUCUAGUACAUCAUUGUUACACUAUUCAUAUGAGAUGUAUUACAUUCAUCAAAUAAGAAAUCUAAUUUUACAUAACAAUUGUUGGAAACGAAGUAUUUUGUAUACUGUUGCAAUAAAUAUUAAAGAAUGUAAAGAUAUAAAUAAAAACAUAUUUAAAUCAUUUUGUACUUUUAAAAGAUUUAUAGAACAAAAGAAUGUUCCCAAACCAUUACGUAGUAUAAAACCAAGAGCAAAGAAUGAUGCAGAUAGAAGUAUCCUUGAUUUGAAGCAAGUAAGAACAAUUGGAGGAAAAGGUGGAGAUGGAGAAAUAUCUUUUUUACAAUUAUGGUCAAAUGAGAAUGCUGGGCCAGAUGGUGGAGAUGGGGGACAUGGUGGUCAUAUAAUUUUUGAGACAUCAUUGUAUGUCAAAGACCUUUCACAUAUAAGUUCUGUUCUCAAAGCUGAAGAUGGAGAAAAAGGCUAUAACAAAAGUUGUUUUGGAAAAAAUGCCAAGCAUACUGUAGUACCUGUUCCUAUAGGUACCAUAAUACGCAAUAUGAAAGGAAGCAUAAUAGCUGACUUAAGUCAAGAAGGAAUGAUGUUUAUUGCUGCACGAGGUGGUGCUGGUGGUCAUGGGAAUGCAUUUUUUAAAUCAGAUGUACAACAAUCUCCAUGUAUAAGUGAAUAUGGUGCAGAUGGAGAAGAUUUACAGUAUGUGUUAGAAAUAAGUAGUAUGGCACAUGUAGGAUUAAUUGGAUUUCCAAAUGCAGGUAAAAGUACAUUACUCAGGACAAUAUCUAGAGCUAGACCAAAAGUUGCAGCAUAUCAAUUUACGACAUUGAAACCUCAUUUAGGAAUCAUAUUGUAUGAUGAUUAUGAGCAAGUUACAGUGGCUGAUUUACCUGGUCUUAUACCUGACUCUCAUAAAAAUAGAGGACUUGGCAUACAAUUUCUUAAACAUGCAGAACGUUGUAAGGUUUUAUUAUUUAUUCUCGAUGUUGCCUCUGAUGAACCAUGGAGAGAUUUUGAAACUUUAAAAUACGAAAUCGCAGAAUUCAAUGUACGACUAAAUAAACGAUUAUAUCUCAUUGCAGCAAAUAAGAUAGAUUUACCAGGAGCAAUGGAAAAAUUGGAAAUACUCAAACAAAAGAUUAAUUUACCAAUUAUUCCAAUUUCUGCUAAAAUGGGUACAAAUAUAUCCACUUUAUUAAGAGAAAUAAGAAUACUAUAUGACAAGGAAGAAGAAGAGAGUAAGAAGGAAAAUGUAUUGUAGUACAAAAAAUAUUUUGAUUAAUUAUAUUAU